AUGGCAGACACCCCAGAAAUCUCCAUUAUUCCGCUGCUCUCGCGCGCACUGCACCACAUCCGCUCAACUCCGCCAAGAGUCAUUUCUUCGCCGGCAACUCAACCUCGGAGAGCAGCGGUCGCACUCAUUAUUCGCGUAGUCCCGCCGCCGUCAUACAACCUGCCCCCUGAACCCACCCCGGGCCUCACCGAAUUCUUCCAGCUCGACUGGGUCAAUGCGCCAGGGGCACGACCUGAGAUUCUCUUCCUACGCAGAGACAAGCCGGAUGUGACAGCGGACGCAGGUCGCAUGAGCGGAAGUGGCCCGCGUACACGCGAGGCCCAUGUCGCCUUCCCAGGCGGUAAGGCUGAAGAGGCUGACGAAGGUGGCAUGUACACAGCAAUGCGCCAAACAUGGGAGGAAAUUGGACUCGACCUCGCCGAAAGCGCAUAUACUCCAGUCGGGCAGCUCGACGACCGCGAAGUUACCACCUCCCUCGGCAAGCGUCUCCUCAUGGUUCUCUCUCCCUUCGUCUUCCUCCAACUUGCACCACAUACAACUCCGGUUGAUCCGGCCCCAGGCACUGCACUGCACUGGGUGCCCCUUGCCGAGCUCCUCCCCCUUCCAUCCUCCAUGCAAGGCAAGGGUGCGCCACGCCGCCCUCGCUGGUCGCACGUAACAGUCGACGCAUCAUCGCGUCUUGCACCUCGGCAUUCGACCGUGCUCCGCCUCCUGAUGCGCGUCCUCGUGGGCAGCAUGCAGUUCCCCGCUAUCCUGAUCUCACCCUCCGCGUCUGCCGCGGUCCCGCUCGCGCAUGCGGCAGCUGGCGAUGCAAAGUCGCAGCUCCUCGCCAUUGAUGAGAAGCGUGCGACGCUUGAGUACGGCGCGGACGGCGAGGAGGAGCUUAAGCUCUGGGGUCUCUCGCUCGGCAUGACGCUCGAUCUCCUUCUGAACAUGACAGUGCCGAAAGUGUCGCCUCUCGUGGAGAAGGCUACGAGGAUUGGCAAGGGGAAAUCGAGGAUGAGUGUGAGCAAUGAGAAGGGCGAGGAAACGAUGGUAAGCCCGCAGUCACUGCUGCCCCCGGAUGCAGAGACGCUGGAGAUGCUCCGGAUGCCGGUGGUUGCGCCUAGCUUGACGAGCAUCUUCCCGCGAUUCUCUUAUCCCGACGUUAAUUUCUGGAUAUGGGUGUUUGGCAAACGGUAUCGUGCAGUUAUGCGCGGCUGGGAAGCGAGCGUACGUGCGGGUGGCACGAACGAUCGGCGGAUAAACUGGACAGGCUCUGCACUUACCACGUUCUACGCCGCAGUGCGAAAAGCCCUCCUCGUCGUGCUGGUGCUCCGCGCGAUCGGCGUCCUCAUCGGCCUGUUCGUCGGUGCCUGGAUCCUCUUCUGGUAA